AUGUCCGAACUAUUGUUUGAAAGCCAAGAAUCGAAGACAGGCCCCGACUGCGACGACUGCCCUUCACAAUACGACUCAUGCCAGCCAAGCCAAGAUAUACUCACGUCUGUUAUUGAGAACGAGCGUACUCGCCGGAUAUUACUCCAAGGACUAGACAAUCUGGGGCCGGAGCUCCUUAACUUACCAGAGAAAAAGCCCACCGACACUGAUUACCUUCUACUUGAGGAGUUGUUUCAAGAGAUGGGUCGGUUAUUUACAGAGGCGGCCCAGAUGGCUACAGAGUUGGCAGAUAUUUACAAGGAACGUAUCGUUGGAAACACCGAACUCUAUACCGCUAUGUUGAGGCUUACUGUUAGUGAGUUCGACCAGAUCUAUGCUUCUUUAAGGCGGGAUCCAAACCGGCAGAUGCGACACGAGGGAUACAAUUCUCAACGCUCUUUGGGGACCAAGCAGAUAGAGAGAGCUGAAUAUCCGUGCUCUUGUGACCAGUUCUUCGAGCUCUCGGCAGAGGAGGAUAAGAUCAAUGAUCAACUUGGCCAAAGCCUUCAAUCCCAUGAUAUGGCCAAUGUUUCAAAGACGACUCAUGAUGCUCCUUCAAAUCUACACAGGAGCCUUUGGAAGAGAGCUUUGAGGCAUUUAGCUCGACCUUAA